AUGACUUCCGCUUCUCACUCUUCCGCAACAAUGCCAACGACGGUACCAUCUCCCACGACUGAUUUCGAUCAAUACUUACCUCAUCUAACAUCAGCUUUGGACAAGUUGACAACCAACGCAGCUGCUUUGCCUGAUAAGUCAGAUUUAUCUUUUCACAAGACUUUAGAUAGAGGAUUCGCUAAGGAUCUCGAUGAUGCAAGCGAGAGAGUCCUGAAGUUGACGGAAAGGCUAUUAAGUCUGGUCGAUCAAAGUCAGCAUUCUUCAAGAGAUAAAGGAAACUCAAAAGUGCCAUCUUCGAAGACUUCGUCCAAAGUGAAGGGAAGGAGAAGGAAAUUGGAAGAUGAAGACGAUGUAGUUGACGGAUUCAGACAAAGUGUCGUCGGUGUCGUGGACGGACUGUUGGAAGACGCGGAUUCAUGCUUGGACGAAGUGAGAGGAGAGAAGAAGAAAGCCGCCAUCGCGAUCAAGCCACACUUGGUUGCUCAAGCAGGCCAGAAGCUACCCGGUCCAUUCUCAAAACAAGCUGCUCGUUUACCUCGAAACAUCUUGCACGCCAAUGAUUUGGCUAAACCACAACUACUUUUCCCCGAUCAAGUGGAUAACACUCCUACGACUACACCUUGGAAGCCCAAUUUGAUCACAAAACCUCACGCAAUGGUUCCUAUCGGUUUCGUGCCUCCGCUGGAUUUCACACUGACUCGGGAAGAAGAAUUAGAUCCUUCUAAAGAGGUUUGGAGAAGACAACGCGAAAUUAGGAUGAGACAACAUCCAUAUUUUUACGAAACUCGUCAUCUACCAUAUCCCACAUCCUUAUUCAUCGAUUCACAACCUAUCCCACCGAAGUCUUUCCAAGAGACGCCCUUUGAAUUUGUGGAUACUCCCGAACAGCUGGAACUGCUCGUAGAGAAACUGAAGAAAGCUAAAGAAAUCGCUGUCGAUCUGGAACAUCAUAACAUGCGUUCAUAUUCUGGUUUCACAUGUCUGAUACAGAUUUCAACUAGAGAAGGAGAUUGGGUGAUUGAUUCGUUGAAGUUGAGGAAAGAGCUGAGAGAGAACAAAUUAGGUGAUGUCAUGACUGAUCCUGGUAUAAUUAAGGUCUUCCAUGGUUCGGAGAGUGAUAUUGUUUGGCUUCAGCAUGAUUUCGACAUUUUCGUAGUGAACCUGUUCGAUACUUACCAUGCGACAGUCGUUUUAGACAUGAAACAACAUGGCCUUGCUAGUCUGCUCCAGCAAUAUUGCAAUUUUGAAGCCGAUAAACGAUACCAAAUGGCUGAUUGGCGUAUAAGGCCUUUACCUGAUGGAAUGUUACACUACGCUCGAUCAGACACCCAUUUCUUACUAUACGUAUAUGACAAUUUACGAAAUGCUUUGCUUGAACAAUCAAGUAGACCACCUUCUCCUGAUCCCAACGGGAAUCCCAUUAUCGAGACUACUCGAAGAAAUCCUCAACAGGCCAUGAGAGAAGUACUCGGUCGUUCAGCUGAUACAGCCUUGCGAUUGUACGAGAAAGAUGAGUACGAUGAGGAGACAGGGAAAGGAAGUGGAGGCUGGAUGGGCGCUGCGAGGAAAUGGUUACCCAAAGGUGCAGUCGAUGAAGAACCAGGAUGGGUAUGGCGAAAGUUACACGCUUGGAGAGAUAGAUUGGGUAGAGAAUUAGACGAAAGCCCAAUUUAUAUCAUGCCACAAGAUACACUGAAGAACCUAUCAUUACUUCGCGGUACAGCUCCUAUCUUGAUCAAACAGGCCAUUAAUCCUGAUCGAGCACCACUAGCAGCUGCCAGAAUGAACGAAAUUACGGAUGUCAUUAAACAAGCUAAAGCUGAAUGGGUCUCAAAUCAAGUUCAAUUAGCCAAACAAGCGGAGGAAGAAUUGCAAUCCAAAGCAAACCAAAAGCAAAAGAAACCUACCAAAACUGUAUUUGAUCCCAAACCUGUACCAGAUGUAUGGGAUGCAAUAACUAUCUUCCCAAACUCAGCAACGAAAUUGGAUUCAGUCACACCUCAAAAGUCGAAAUCAGGUCUAUUUGGUUCCACCAUAAAGUCAAAGCCGUUGACUACUUCUUCUUCAUCUUCUUCCGCAAUAGCAAAUAGUGAUAAAUUGGGUUCUUCAUUAUUCGGUCAAACAUUACAAUAUCAAAGUGGUAAAGGAAGGAAACCAAGGAAUAAGCCAGCUCAAAGAGGAAACAAAGAACUAUCACCAGGAUUCGACAACGUUCAAAACACCAUUCAUGAAGAAUUACAACCUAUCCAGAAGACCGAUUUGGCAACACCCAUUAUACCUGAACAAGUACCGUAUAUACCUUCAAAGUCGAGGACCACCAAUCUACCUGUGGAUGAAUCACCUUCAAUUUCAUCUCACAACCCUACGGACCAAGAACCUGUUUCCCUCACUCCCGCAGACCAUUCUCAACUGAAGGCGGAAGCAGGAAGUGAGAAGAAGAAGAAGAAGGAAGAUGGUAUAGUACAAGUAAAGAAAACACGUAAACCUAAAAGAGAAAGAGGUGCUUCAUCAUCUAUUCCUUCAACUGACGGUAAGGGCAAAAAGGUUAAACUUGAUACUCCACCCGAAUCUCCUCAAUCAUUGAAUCAAGAUCAACAUCACACUGAGAACGAGGUUGAGAUCGGUACCUCGAUCGUAAAGGCAGACAAUGAGAAAGGGAAGGAGAAGAAACCGAGAAAAGAUAAAAAAGCGAAACUCAAAGUAGAAGAAAUACCAGAAUUUGACUAUUCUUCAAUGCCAAAUUUACUCGAUCAACCUUCGGCAUCUUCCAAGGAUGCAAGUAGUGUAACAAAUGCCAAAGAUAAAAAGAAGAAGAAAAAGGAUAAGAAAGGUGGAAUAGGUGCAAUUGAAACUCCUGUAUUUGGACCCAAAGCUGCCAGAGACUUAAGUCAACCUAAAGGUGGUAAUAAGAGCGGUACAUUUGUUUAG